UAGCCAGUGGCAGAGCGCAUUACAGGCGCAGCCGGUCCAUUGGGCGGAAGAGGAUUUUCAAAUCAAACUCUGUUAUCCCGCCCCCCUGUCGUUGCCUGCUGCUGCUGCUGCUGCUGCUGCUGCUGCUGCUGCUGAGGAGGGAGUGGGACCGUCAUCGGCGACACAGACGGCGGCGGAGAGCUCCCGGCGGCUGCGGUCUGGCCAUCGCAGCUGGGCGGUAACAAGAGUACACGGUGACCGCUCUCCUGACCCAUCUUGAGGAUCCCCCCACAAGUUCUGUGCAAAUGGCGGCAUAAGCGCCCAGCAGCGGCGACACACGUACAAGUUUCUACUGAGGAACAUUUUUACUUGUUUUGAAAACUUACAAUGGACAGCGAGGAUCUUACGGCGUUGCGCACAGAGCUUGCACGUGUGUCAUCGGAACUACAGGAGACAACGGAGGAAAAGUUCCAGGCUGCUCAGUAUGGUUUGGCUGUGUUGGAGCAGAAUGCGGAGUUACAGCAGAAGUAUUCAGACCUAGAAUUUGAAUGUGAUGCACUGAAACUGGAGCUAAAGCAGAUGACGGAGGCACUGGUAGAAGCACACAGCAACCAUAAGCGGACCGCUGCUGAUGGGGAAAGCAGAGAAGAAACGUUGCUGAAAGAAACCGCUUCCAGGGAGGCAAAGCUGACCAGUAAAAUUGAGGAACUCCAGAAUGAGCUGAAGCAGACGAAAGCUUUCCUGUCCAACGCCUCGGUGGAUAACGAGCGCCUCACCCUCAGCAUCCAGAACUUAAAGACGGAAAGCCAAGACACAGAGAAGGAAAAGUCAAAAUUACGGGAAGAAAUCAAACAAUAUAAGAUUAGAGAAAUGAGACAGCUACAAGACUUCUCAGAAAUUGAAGAAGAAAAUAUCUCUUUGCUUAAACAAGUGUCUGUUUUAAAGGAAAGCCAGGUGGAAUAUGAAGGAUUAAAACACGAACUGAAAAGACGAGAUGAAGAGAUUGACGUUCUGAAUGGACAGCUGGAUGAGUUGGUGCGGUUGAAGGAUAUUUCUGAGCGUCAGCUGGAGGAGGCCCUGGAAACACUGAAAAGUGAGAGGGAACAAAAGAAUGAACUCAGACGAGAAUUAUCUGGGUUCCUUAGCUAUGACUCCAUAGGGACCAUGCAAGUCAACUUUGAAGACCAAAAUGAGGAAGAAUUUGAUAGCGGAUAUAAUGGUGGCGACCUCAAUAAAUCAGGUGGAGGGAUUUUGAUGUCCACCCCACGUAACAGUGACCUCUUUCAAUCUGGCCCCAAACUGGCAUCCGAUCUCUUCACGGAGCUUAGCCUGACCGAAAUACAGAAACUCAAGCAGCAGUUACUACAGGUUGACCGUGAGAAGGCGAGCAUUGAGAAUGAAAUGCUAGAGAUGCAAAGGGAUUUGGAUAGUAUACGUAAGGACUUGCAUGAUGAACAUCAGACAAACAGUGAAUUGCUUCAACAAAUUAAGUUGUUUGAGAAGGAGAAUAGCCAUCGGCAGCAAUUGGACAAUGUAGAUCUCUUUAAAUGUCCCUGUGGGCAAGAAGGGACCGAUGUAUCAAAACUAAAGAAAGAACUUAAAGAAGUCAAGCAGAAGUAUGAUGCCUUAGAAAAGAAACACCAGAAAGAAAAGCAAGAGUGGGAGAUGAGGUUCCAAGUGGUUUCCGAUGAGCUCCGUGCAGCCAUGAAAUCUGAGAGCGAUGACCGAAGAAUCUUGACCAAUCUUCAAGAAGAACUGAGGUCUGCUCAGAGACUGUAUUGCGACUAUCAAAGUAAGCUAAGUUUAGCACAAGAUGAGCUUCUGUCCUUCAUCGAAGAGUUGGCUCAUCUCUACAACCAUGUCUGCAUGAGGCAUAACAUGACGCCCAACCGUGUCUUGCUUGAUUACUACAGAGAUGGCAAAGGAGCAAAGUUACAUUUCAGAAAAAGAAAAUCUUCAGACUUUUUCGGUAAACUUCUGGUCAGCCCUGACUUGGAGAUAGCCGAGCUUCACAGUGGUGAGCGUUCACCUCUGAGUAGCCCUGACUCUUCCGUUGGAUCAGAUUGUGGGGACUCGGCUAGAGAGCCUCUGGGUAUCACCCAUCUUGUAGCAAUUGUGAAGGACCAGAUCAAACACCUGCAGGGUGCACUUGCCGUGUCCUGGCACCAUACCUCACUAGAGGCCAUAACGUCUGACCUGGACAAGGACAAAGAGGCUCUGGUGGAAGAAAUCAUGAAACUGAAAGCUUUGCUGAGCACUAAGCGAGAACAGAUCGCUACCCUGAGGACUGUACUGAAGGCUAACAAGCAGACAGCUGAGGUGGCCAUGUCGAACCUGAAGAGCAAGUAUGAGAGUGAGAAAGCCUUAAUCUCAGAAACCAUGAUGAAGCUGAGACAUGAGUUGAAAGCCCUAAAGGAGGAUGCUGCUACUUUUUCAUCAAUGCGCUCCAUAUUUGCAAGCAGAUGUGAUCAGUAUGUGACUCAGUUGGAGGAGAUGCAGCGGCAGCUCGUUGUAGCCGAGGAUGAGAAGAAGACUCUGAAUGCCUUGCUGAGGAUGGCCAUUCAGCAAAAGCUGGCCCUCACGCAGCGCUUAGAGGGCCGGGACGGGUCACCAGAUGUCUCAAAAAGUAGUUGGCCGCGAUCGUCUUCAAAGUCUAAAGGUCAUGUUUCUAAAUCCAAAAGUUAACCGAAGCUCACAUUCCAUCCAUUACCCUGCCGGCACAGAUUCCGCAUGACACCAGCCCGAACACAUUCCUGCCAGAAGGCCGCUGAAGAGUUCACAAGUUGAACAGCAACAACAAACUGUACAAACUUCCAACUGAUACAUUGUUGUACAACUACAACGGCUUUCACCCUUGCCUUAUUGUUCUACAUUGGCUCAUCUAUUAACAGGGCCAAUUUCACGGUCAAGUUGUGUAUAAUAUUAACUUGAAGUUUUAAUAAAUUUUAUGCCAAGGUUAAAUAUAUAUGUAUAAACUUUUUUUAUCUAUUUUUAAAAGUGCCUUAAACAGUUGUCUGUUAACUAAGUUAUUUUAAGUAUUAACAAAAAUCAAUGCCAUAGUAUUUCGCCUUCUGUACAAAAGAUUUUUUUAUCAAGAUCACCUUUUACACUUUUGCAGACUGAGUUGUGUACUAAACUUGUAUUUUGGAGUGUUUAAACUGUGCUAGUUGUCACUUCCACACAGUUAGCUCCCAGACGUCCCUCGUUGGCGUUGAAUUAAAUUGUUAUUUGGUAUUAAAGGAUGUCACGUUGUCGCAGCUGUUCUCUUGAUUGAUGAAUAAAAGAUCAAUGUCGUUCUAUUGUACAA